UGUGAUCUCCCGAAAAUAAAGAGGGGAGGGGGCGGGGAGCGCGAGCGCGCAUGGCCGCGGGGCUGCGCGGUGCGCGGCGGGGACGUGCCCCGGUGCGGCGGGCGCGGGCUGCUCGGUACGCGCCGGUGCCGCUCGUCCUCCUCGGCCCGGCCCCCGGCCCUCGCCGUCCCUCCACGCUCAUUCUCUCUCUCUCUCUUUUUUUUUUUUUUUUUAAAGUGUGACUGAAACAAAACAAAGCCAAAGGGACCCUGGAUCUAUCAUUGGUUGAUUUUCCUCCUUUUUUUUUUUAUGAUCAAAAACAACCCCCCACCCGAGCAAACAAACACACACAAAAGCAGAAAGAAAGGGUCUUGCUCAGCAGCAGCAUGGAUGUCUUGGCUAGUUAUAGUAUAUUCCAGGAACUCCAGCUUGUCCACGACACCGGCUACUUCUCAGCUUUGCCAUCCUUGGAGGAAAACUGGCAGCAGACAUGCCUGGAGUUGGAGCGAUACCUUCAGACUGAACCGCGGAAGAUCUCCGAGACUUUUGGAGAGGAUUUGGACUGCUUCCUUCAUGCCUCCUCAGCCCCAGAUGCAGAGGACAGUAUCCGACGUCUAGACCCCAUCCUUUUACCAGUGGAGAUGAGUACGUGUGACAAAAGCGCCAAUAUGGACAUUAUCCUCUCACGGGACAAGCUGCUGUCUGAGACGUGUCUCAGCUUGCAGUCCACCAGCUCUUCCACUGAGGGCUACACAGCCGUCAACCAGGCCCAACUCAAUGCAGUAACCUCAUUAACACCCCCUUCCUCUCCGGAGCUCAGCCGUCACCUCGUAAAAACCUCACAGACUCUCUCAGCGGUGGAUGGCACGGUGACGUUGAAACUGGUGGCCAAGAAAACUUCACUCAGCUCUGUGAAAGUGGGUGUAGCAACAGCGACUGCGGGGACGAUAAAAAGUGGGCAGAGUGACAGUGAACAAGGAGGUAUAGGGGCAGAAGCAUCCCCAGAAAACAAGAAGAGGGUUCAUCGCUGUCAAUUUAAUGGGUGCCGCAAGGUUUAUACAAAGAGCUCCCACUUAAAGGCUCACCAGAGGACUCAUACAGGUGAGAAGCCUUACAAGUGCUCGUGGGAAGGGUGCGAGUGGCGUUUUGCACGGAGUGACGAGCUCACGAGGCAUUACAGAAAGCACACGGGUGCAAAGCCCUUUAAAUGCAACCAUUGUGACAGGUGUUUCUCCAGGUCUGAUCACCUUGCCCUCCACAUGAAGAGACACAUCUAAAAUAUCAGUCACCUUGCCAUGGAUGUCACCUGAGCUCAGUGUUGUGAGUUGAAAGUGGAACUCAAGUUACAACACACUGCCUUGCAGAAGAGAACUCGAUCACGUGUAAUCCUCUGUACAGAGACCACACGCUCACACCGUCAGGCACCUAAUUAUACUUCAAUACGUACAUCGGUUCUUUAUGCCUUGCCCCAGCUGGACGGGAGAAGAUGCAGGCGAGGAAAUGGUAUAGAGGUGAAGUAAAUGAGAAGGAACAAUUGCUUACAGUACUUCGCCCCUCUCGGAUUUGUUUCCUGUUUUUGCCAGUGGAAAUCAAAGAAAAUGGAGGAGGUUUCCCUGCAAGUGGAUGGCAGGAAGAGGGGCUUAUUUAACUCGCUUCUCAGUGCAACUCAAUAGGAGAAUAAAUCGUCUUGAAGUUGCAUAUUUGUAGCACUAACUUUAUUUUUAAAUAGAUGGGGGGAAAAAAAUGACCUAGAAAACCAAAUCCCAGUUUGGUAGCCAAAAUUAACCUCUUGGUUCAUUUGUCCUUUGUCUGAGAAUUCCUAAUGUUCAGUGCAUCAGACUUCUCACAGACACUUUGACCUGUCUUGGUGUUGGUUCUUCUUCCUAGAACUGAGCUAUUGAGAUCCUUUUAAGUCCAUACCAGUGGCCUUAAUGGCAGUAGACUGUGGAGUGACACUUGUGACACAAAUACCCUUUUUUUGGCCUGAGUUUAUGUAGACUUCACGGAGGACUAUAUUUUUGUUGGUCAUUUUUAUUUUAAUUUUUGUUUUGGCUAUUGCACAACAUAUGCACUAGGGACUCUGGAAGCUGCUGCCAUGAUGGCCAGGUGGCCAAGGGAUAAAGCCCUGAGAAACAGCACCUAAUAUCUCUGUAGGCCUCACCUUAUUGCCAUAGCUAGGACUUCUUGUUUAUUUGUUGAACAAAAACCUUUAAAAGCUUAUUUGGAAGCUCAAACGUUUUUUCUCUUUUCUCCACGAACAAGUGAUCUUCAGAACUCCUUGUCUUCACCUGGAUAUCGGUCUGGGACUGGCCACACAGGCAUGACUACAGGAUUCCUUCCACAUCAUGUGAGCACGUUAGCCACGACCCACAGUGACUUAGAGAUGAAUUAUGUUGCUUUUUCUUACUGUUCUUCUAUUAACCAAUUUAAAACAUUAGACUUUUGUUUGUGUAAAGAGCACCUGCAGACGUUUUCAUUUAAAGCUAAUGUUUGUUGAGCAUCUUACACACAAAAACAAAACAAAAGAAAACAAGGCCAAAAAUCCUACUCCAGUCCCUGAGUGGGAAAUCGAGAACUUCUUCCAAGUACGAUGGCUUCAUUCAGCUUUAGCCUUUUAAAGAAAUUAUCGAAGUCCUCCUUUUCCAUUCAUCAAGUUGAUGCUGUAGCCCACUCCUAUAUGAAAAAAUGUAACAGUAUGAACGGUAAAGGAAGGGUUGGAUUUUCCAUACAGCAUUGAGGCUUUUCCAAAUGAUUGGUCUAAAGUAUUGCUAACCUAGAGGUCCAUUUGGGCCCACUCUAUGAACCAUCCAGGAGAAGUGGAGGUCUCAUGCUUACCCUUCAGUCCUAUUGAUAAUUUGAUUUUGUUGGCUCAAAGUGGAUUAAAGUCUUCAUUACAAAAGAAAAACAAAAACAAAAAUGUAUCUUACCAUAACUUGCAUUUGAAACUAUUUGGCACUGGCCCUGACUCCAAAGACUGCAUUUAGGACCAUAAAAAUGGCCUAUGCAAGCAGGCAGGUGGUCAUUAGGUUGUAUAUUUUGUAUAUUCUGGGACCAUCCCUACAAGAUGUGUCUAGAAAUGAAACAAAAUGGCGCGUGGUCCACAAAUGAUUGCUGCUUUUUUAUACUGUAUUAGCCAACUGCCCUUCUUUGACUGUUUUGACUCAUUGACUGUUAAAUAUUUCCCUUAAUUUAUGUUUUGGGAGGUAAAACUGUACUCUUAGGGGAAAAGUAACAAAACAAGAAACUCGAUAGAUGUUUAAGAGCUGUCACCGGGAUCCUUGGCACUUGAAUUCUCAGCUUUUUGCAACCUUUGGUUCCAGUGAGAGAUUGAAUUUACUCAAAAGAUGCUGUUUUUCCUCACAGUUUUCACAAAACACUGUGACUGUCAACUGAACACUUUGGGGACAGGGGGGAAAUACGAUGUCUGGCCCAUAUGGUAUGAAAUAUGGACCAAAAUCUAACCAUCUUUUAGGGACAAUGAUGUAACAUUCGUGAUAAGAGCAUGAGAGAGAUCAAGAGGGAGAGUGAAAGAAAGAAAGAGAGAAAGAGAGAGAGAACGAAUAUUGAGUUUAUUCCAAAGAUUUAAAACUAACCCUACUCUAUAUGUGUAUAUAUAUAUGCUUAUAUAUAUAUAUGUAUGCAUUUAAAAUUAUGGAGCACUGCUUGCUGACAAUCUCGUAUUUCUCUACUUCUGUAUUUGCAUACUUGUAAAGGCCAUUCCACCCAGCUGUUCCACUGGGACUGAGGGCCCUAGAAUCCAAUUUGUGUUGGAAUAUAUAGAGCAUCCUGCCAGAUGUCUAAUGGGAACUGAAACCUCAGCUGUGUGAAACUGUAGAGGAUCCAGUCAGUGCAUUAGAUUAAAAAAAAAAAAAAGGUAAGAGAGUCCUAGAAUUUCAUUACUGUAGUGUCCUAAAGUGUGUUCUCUCAAACCCCCCACUAUCAUAUUCAUUGGCUGUGAACCUGCAUAAAUAUCCUCCUUUGACCUCUGAACACACCUGCCUUUAGACGUGCUAUGAGCAGUCUACAAACCUUAAUUAUUAAAUGACAGUUUAAAUAUUGGACUCUAUUUAAAAUGGGAAAAAAACCCAAGCAAGGCUGUUUAUUUACUUCCAGUUGUUAUUUAUGGUCUUGUUGACAUCUUAUUUAAAUGUGGCGGAACAAGGUCCCUAUGGAAAAAAACGUGCUGAGAUGUCUGAUUAUGUUGUUCUAGAGGCAGGCCUACAACUAAGUUGUGGAUACAAGCAGCCUAAAAAACGUAAAAGAAAAGGGGAAUAAGAGACUGAACCAGAUUUCAGAUUUCUCAGGCUCUCUCUGUAGCAGGUCUUGAACUCUGAAGCCAAAUUUUGAGCUUUGCGACUAUCUCUUCUAUUGUAAAUGGAGAUAUUUUUCAACUAUAUACAUGGUGUACUCAAUCUCUGGACUUCAAUUUUAGGGUGCUCAUAUGCAAGUGUCUUAGUCAUUACUGAAAUUUUGAACCAUCACUGGUGUUUUGUAGAAGAAAGCUCCGUUUUGGAAAGGCGUAAUUAGUGACACAUUCCAGGAUUGUUGUUUACAAUGCCCAGUUUUGUGUCUUCACAGAUAUUUUAAGCUGUGCACUUCUGACUUGUAUAAUCUGUAAUAGCUGUUUAGGCCUUUGUCUCCUUGCUAAAGUUGUACAGUUGUCUUCUCUGUGUAAACUAUGAGUAGAAACAGGCCAAUGAGGAAAGGCUAAUCCUCUCCGUAAAGCUUCUUGGAAGCAAACCCAUAAAUAGAUGAUUGGUAAAAGUUGAGGACUGAGUGAUGCAGCUGUAGAAAGGAGAAGCUUAACUGUGUUUCCUUCAUGCUAGAUUUAUGCGUAUUUGCAAAAGAGGGGCCGUUAUAAAAAAGUCAGAUUGUGGUUUCCAAGAUGACGAAACUAUAGGAUGAGAACAAAUUGAGACAGAAGUCUCACAGAAUAGUGUAUGUAGAGAAAGCAUCUAAAACAAAUAUGAGGUUUUGUGAAUAGCUAAAUAAUAUUUUGGAGCAGAGCAGUCAAUCAUAGAAUCAUGUAGGUGGGAAGGCACCUCCAGAGCCAAUUUGGCCAACCUCUAACUAGAGUUGGUUGCUCAGGGCCAUAUCCAGCUGAGUUUUAAAUAUCCCCAGGGAUGAAAAUUCUACAACCUCUCUGUGCAAGCUGGUCCAAUAUUUGGCCACCUUUACAGUAAAAAUAAAAAUAUUUAAAAUCCGUGUGUCAAGUAGGAAUUUUCUAUGUUCCAACUUGUUUUCGUUGCCUCUUCCACUACGCACCUCCAAGAAGAGUCUGGCUUCUUCUCUGCACCCUCUUAGAAAUUUAUAGAUAGCAAUAAGAUCUACCCUUGCCCUUCUCUUCCUAAGACUGAACCCUGUCUCUCAGCCUCUCUUCAUCCAUCGUGUGUUCCAGAACCUGAUUUUCAUGGUGACUCUCUGCUAGGCUGACUCCAACGUGUCAAUAAUUUUCUUCUAACGAGGAGACCAAAAUUCCAGGUCAAGGAGUACUCCACACGUUACAGUGUUGAUAUAAUUUAUUUAUUCUAGAUUUUCCCAUUAUCUAAUUGAGACAAGCUAUACUCCAUGAUGAGAUUCAUUUAGGAAACGCCGGUAUCAAGAUUUUUCUAAUGAGAUUUGUUGAAUCUCUGUAUAAAAAUAUGCUUAUAGAAAUAUGCUUUCUAUACGGCUGGCUUGAGGCCUGGCAAGCAAAAUUCUGUUUUCUCAACAUAAUAAUUGCUGGUUUACCUUAAACUAAAAAAAUGUAUUGUUUCACUCAUACUAUAUUCUGUACAAAGACACAUGAUGCUGUAUUUCAGUCACUUUCUAGUCAAAAACAACACUUCAGUGCAUCUUUGUUCUGUUUGGUUUUCCCCUCAGGAGAUAAGGCGCAACCUAAAAUACCACAUGUAUUUUAUAAAGAUCGGUCUAACAGAAGAGAGAAUUCUAGAGUCCAGAUUGUUUUUCAUUAUCCCAGAGUUGUGCUUUUUCAAUAGCCAGUACUCAGUCUAGAAAAUUGUGUUACCUGGAUCAAUUGGCAAAUGAAGAAAAGAGAGGACAGACUGAAAUCCGAAAUUCUUUUGAUGUCUUGGACAAGGCCUUGAGCAGUCCAUUCUAACUAAACUGUGUUUUAAACCAGGGGUUGAAUUAGGUGACUUCUAGAGGUACCUUCCAACAUUAAUUUUUCUGUGUUUCUAUGAUUCAUUUCAGAGCUCUCACUUAUUAAAUGUGAACUGGUUCUAGUUCUUUCCAGUCUUGUGCUGGUGGAACAGACUGUAGGGUUUCUCUCAAACUCUGAUAGUUUCAUCCUUAUUAAAUUUUAAAAGGCUUCUUCAUGAGAGAGACUUGGAGAGGAGGAAAUCUUAAAAACCAAACCCAAACCCUUAGCAAACCAGUUUGAAGCAAUGUCAUACCAGGAGAUGUGUCACAGCUACAGGGACCAACCAAAUAUUAUGGAGAGAAGUUUGCUAGUCUGGAAGACUAUGGUUUCCAGGACCUGAAAUCCAAGCCAACAUAUAUUUCUACAAAGGUGAAGAUUCUUUUUUUUCCAUUUGUUCUUAUUUUCCUGAGACUUUUUGGAAUUGGGUUUACUGAUUUUUUUUUUAGGCUAGCACAUUUUUGUUUAAUACAUGGAAAGCACUGACCAAACACAGAUGGGGAAGAAGAACCUGAAUGCAAGAGGAGCCCCCAGGUCCUUGCUUUUUGAACUGUUUUAACCUGAGGAGAAAAAAGAAAACUAAUCACUAGGGUGUAUGGCUAAGUUGCAGCUGAUCAAUAUGAUAGUAGCAGUGAUUGAGCGUAUCAUACCUGGGAUCUGUCUGAUAUCUGCAGAAUCAGGCUUUCUCCCUCAUUUUUACCUGGCCCUAGACAAUUUGGGCUUUUUAGCUGUCUCUAACACAAAGGUUGCUCCUUUUUAACGUAGUUUAUCUGUGUACAAAAGAUGUCAUAAUCGGUGCUUUUGACAAAACUGAUGAAAAUCCAACUUGCUUAAGUGUUCCUUUUCUUUGCCUGUUCCCUUAAUGCGUGUCAAAAUCUUUAAAUUUAAAAAAAAAAUUAAAAAGACGAAAAUGUUGUAAAUAAUGUUACCAGGCCAGCACCCAGUGGCUCAAGGGCUUUUAUUCUUGAUUUCAUUCAGGACUUGGCACAUCCCAUCAUACCAUCCAGUAAGACUGUUUUUAAGCUUUCACAUUCUGGGUGACGCCUCUAACCCAAUGCUCUUUUAAAGUACUUUUUGCUGAUUUCAGAUAUAAUUGCACUUGCAAAGAUCCCUACAUGCCAAGAACAAAACCAAUGACAAUAACUCUAUUUAACUCUGUCUUGAAUAAAUGAAAAAUAUUUUCUCCUAAGAUACUAGAACUAAUCAUUGACAAGUCUGCCCUGUCUUUCAUUAGCAUUAAAUCUACACCUUCUUGAACGAUCAUUUCCAGAUCAAGCUUGAAUAUUCUUCCUUUUGUCACAUUUGUGUCUCUUUUUAUCAAUAGUUUAGGGAUGACUACUGCAGUCUUUCCCCUCCACAGCUCUACACUGACUUCAGUGACAAGAUUUAGCAUUGUAAAAACUGUAAGAUCUGGCCUACCAGGUACUAAGAUCUGUCUUGUAAAGCUGAGACUUUCCUCCUCCCUUAGAGGAAGAAGUCCAAGAUGUACUAUAUAAGUUAUAUAUAUAAUGAUGUAGUUGUAUAUAUAAAUUAUAUACCUAAUAAUGUGGGGACAGGAGGUAGGCUGCCUUUAUCACCUCACGAAUGCGUUUCCCUACCUGAAAACUUCCAAAUGCAGGUGUCAUUUUUCAAACAGGGUUUUUAUAGUUUUCCUUGAUGCUUGUUAAUGGCAUUUUUGGUGUAAUAAUUAAAGUUGGAACUCUUUGCGGUUUUCAAAACGAAAGCUUUGAUGAUUUUUUUUUUAAGUGCUUUGGUCCUAACGUCUAUAUACUGCCAGAAAACAGGUUCUCCACGCUGUCUCUGUGUGGGAGUGGCUGGACACCAGUAUAUACCAUAUAUACCUACACAGAAGAGGAGACUGAGCUACUGACUCACAGUUUGUAGUAGCCAACCGUGCCUAUUGCUUUGAUUUAGGGAGGGCACUUGCUGUUGCCACCGCAUUUUAGGAAUCAUGUCAGCUUCUGUAGGCAAGUUUUCGACGAUGCUGGGAAAUACAUGUUGCUGUGUACUGUGAAUGAGUAGGCUGCAAAUUUGGGGAUGGGGAGGGGAGGUGGGAAGGGAGGGGGAUGAGGGCUUAGCAUGUACACACUAAAAGUGAGCUAGAAUGGACAGAAAGGUGACAAUUUUAGCCUUUAUUGUUGGGCUGUUGGGGAAACAAAAAGCUACCACGCAGUCCCUGGAAGGCCUGAUGGCUGAAGGGCUGAUCUUUAUAUUUUGCAACAUCCAUUUUACCCGUUGCUCUGUAUUUUAAACCCCAGGCCUGUUGGAUUCUGGAAGUACAUCAAAACACUGCUUUAAACACUACUUUGUUACCAAGGCCGUGUCUCUACCAGGGAAGCUGCCCUAUGUUAAAAUAAUCGGUCAAAAUCACCUUGCAGCCGCACCUGUUACUCGAUUGCCUGGACUGAGAUUGCGUUGGCAUCCUAUGCAGUUCAGCUAAAGUGUUAAGAAAUGCUUCAGCCAAUUAAGAUACCUCUCCAGGAAGGUUCUUGCACCAAUUCAAGUACCUAUUUUGAAUUCACUGCAUAUAAACUGUGACAGCUUUUCUAUUAGAAACAAGGCCUUAGUUUAGCAUGUCUGCACAUCUAGUUGAAAAAAUAACAAUGCAGGCUGGUUUAUUUAAUUUUUGUUUGUUUGCUUUGCAAAGUGGCCUGUUUUCUUUCUUGUGCUUUGAAACCUUUCUUGUUCUCUAAUACACAUUCGAUUUUUGUUCGGGGGAUUUUUUAAGCAACAACAACAACAACAACAACAAAGUAUGAAUGCUCCCUAUUAAAAACAAAAAAAAACAACAAAAAAAAAACCCAACACAACAUUGCUUGAAGGACUUUCAUUUUGCACUAUAAUUUUUCUUUUACCAGAUGUGUCUGAUAAGUGCAUUUUGGAAAUGCCCUCGGUCACGUUCUCUCAGGCCUACUCUGGUAUUUCUAAUAUAUCACAGAAGUACCCAAUCUUGUAGCCCUCAGUUCUGCCUUUUUUUGACAUUUUAUUUUUUUUAAGCUUUUUAUAUAUAUAUAUAUAAAUAUAUUACUUUGUCAGUUUUUUUGCUGUACAAAAAGUCUUAAGAUUUAAAAAUAUUAUUUGUAUUAUAUGAUGGUGGUAUGUUAAUGUUACAAAAUUAUUAAUGAAGAAAAAAUUUAUUUUUGUUACUGGUCUGUUUCAUAAUUCUUUUUUAAAUUGGUAUAUUGUAAGAUAUCUAUGCAAAAAUGUUAUGUGACGCAUUUUUAUUUAAGAAUGUAAUAUGUGUAAUAAACAGUAGAAUGUGUUUGGCCCGAGA